GGAGUCCCCGGCACACAUCCUGUGUCCAUGUUUGGGCAUUUACGUCACGGCGGCAGGGCUGGGGCCUCCCGAAAUGGCAGUGGCCCGGGGAGUCGGAAGCCCGGAGCCAGCGACGCCGCAGCUAUAUAAGUGGGGGGGCUGUGGGUUGGGGGAGCCCGGCUGCGCUUUGAAGAGGAGAACAGCCGCCGCCCGAGGCGAAUGCGGGCGAGCGAGAGCGCCGCGGCCCCCUGACCCAUUUCCCAGGGGUGAGCGCUGGGAGUCUGGAGCUAGGGCGCCCAGGUCUGCGCGCCGCAGGGCGCCCCGACCACCGGCCUCCCCGCAACCUGAGCGUCCCCAAGCCCAGCGGGCGAGGCCCCGGGCGCCCCGCAGUCGCCGCCGCGCCAUGCUCCACCUUAGCGAGUUUUCCGGACCCGACGCGCUCCUCGUCAAGUCCACCGAAGGCUGUUGCGCCGAAUCCAGCACUGAAGUGCCCCGGCUGCCCGCCAGGGACGCUCCCUCGGCCACUGGCUAUACUGGAGCAGGCGACUUCUUGAGCUGGGCUUUCAGCAGCUGCGGCGCCGGGGGGGAUUUAGCCGACUCCUGCUUCCUGGAGGGUCCUGCGCCCACGCCCCCUCCCGGCCUCAGCUACAGCGGUAGCUUCUUCAUUCAGGCAGUACCGGAACACCCACACGAUCCAGAGGCUCUCUUCAACCUCAUGUCGGGCAUUUUAGGCCUGGCACCCUUCCCUGGCUCUGAGGCGACAUCAUCUCGGUCCCCACUGGAUGGCCCUUUUCCUGGGGGCUCCGAGGCCUUGCUGCCGGGUCCACCCGAUCUUUACUCCCCGGAUCUGAGCGCGGCCGCCUUCUCAGAGGCAUUUUGGGAGGCUUCGCCUACCGCGGGCGCCCCCUCGCAGUGCCUGUACGAGCCUCAGCUCUCCCCGCCCGACGUCAAGCCGGGCCUUCGCGCGCCUCCAGCCUCUCCAGCGCUGGACGCUGCCUCGGCCUUUAAAGGUCCCUAUGCUCCCUGGGAGCUGCUUUCUGUUGGGGCCCCAGGGAACUGUGGGUCACAAGGAAGCUACCAGGCUGCCCCCGAGGCUCGUUUCCCCUCAGUAGGGACCAAGAUUGAGGACCUGCUGUCCAUCAGCUGUCCCGCGGAGCUGUCGGCUGGCCCAACCAACAGACUCUAUUCCACUGGGACCUACGACGCGUUCCCGCUGGCCCCGGGUGACCUAGGGGAGGGUGCCGAGAGCCUCCCGGGGCUCUUGACCCCUCCUAGUGGGGAGGGAGGGGGUAGCGGCGAAGGCGGAGAGUUUCUAGCAGGUACGCAGCCUCAGCUUUCCCCGCUGGGCCUUCGCAGCGCCGCCUCCGCGGACUUCCCAAAACCUCUGGUGGCCGACAUCCCGGGAGGCAGCGACGUGGCUGCGCCACCCGUGCCCCCUCCGGCUACUCCUUUUCCCCCGGCCAAGGCGCGGCGCAAGGGGCGCCGGGGCGGCAAGUGCAGCGCGCGUUGCUUUUGCCCGAGGCCGCAUGCCAAGGCCUUUGCUUGUCCGGUAGAGAGCUGUGUACGGAGCUUCGCGCGCUCCGACGAGCUCAAUCGCCACCUGCGCAUCCACACCGGCCACAAACCCUUCCAGUGCCGCAUCUGCCUCCGCAACUUUAGCCGCAGCGACCACCUCACCACGCACGUGCGCACUCACACGGGCGAGAAGCCUUUUGCCUGCGACGUGUGCGGCCGCCGCUUCGCGCGCAGCGAUGAAAAGAAACGGCACAGCAAGGUGCACCUUAAGCAGAAAGCGCGUGCGGAAGAGCGGCUCAAGGGUCUUGGCUUUUACUCGCUGGGCCUCUCUUUCCCCGCGCUGUGAGCAGGAGCCGGACUUGUAGUUGGAGCGCCGCCGCUCGGCGCACGCAAGAUCUGGCCUAUUCCCCUCCCCUGCUGUUCUUCCCACCUCUUCCUCGCACGCCCCGAGGCCGGCCUCCAGUCCUGCUUCCAGUUCCGUUAAAGCGCCCGUCGCACACGCCCCGUUCAGCACCAGCUCCGUGGAUAGCUCCUGCUGUCCCGGGGCUGUCUUUCUCAUCAGCCGCGCUUUGGGAAAGUUCUCUCGGGCCACCCACAGAGUAGGCACUUCCUUGGGACUGAAGACAGCCUUUUGUAACUGGCGCACGCUCCACGCCAUCCUCUAUUCCCGUCCAGAGACAAGCUGGGGCUGCGCCGAGCCGGUCUCGCGCGGAACUUUGUACAUCAAUGUCUUUCCAGCUGUCAUUGGAUGUAACGUUUUGCUUUGGGGUUAUUUCCUUUUUGUUGUUGUUAAUUUUUGUAAAGCAAACGCUACUCUCAAGCAGUUGACAAAACUGUUUAUUUUUGCAAUUAAAAUUAUUGUGCUAAAA